AUGGGAAUGCCUCGAGCAGGUAAAAACGACGAUGUUGAAGAAGGCAAAGCUGUCGAGCUUGAAGAAUGCCAAAGCGUGCCCGGCGCUGUCGUCGUCGAACAAGGAAACGGCGCGGUACUCCUUGACGUUGGCCACGUCAAGGAGCAAUCAGGAAGAACCAAUUUGAAGUUGACCAGGGAUGGCCAUACUGUCCUCGUCCCACAGCCCACGGAUGAUCCCAAUGACCCGUUGAACUGGUCCGAUCUCAAGAAGAAUCUCCUCCUGCUCGCCAUCAGUCUUGCGGCGUUUCAAAGCGACUAUCAAACAGCCGCGGGCGUCCCGAGUGUCGGUCUCCAGGGCGUUGAGUGGCAUCUCUCCCCCGUCCACGUCAACUACGCAGGGAAUCUCAAUGUUUUGAUGAAGUACGUCUUUGCUGCAUUCCCUGUGAAACCCAUCGAUCCCCUUGAAAAGGCUGGGCUGACUGUAUUCUUUCUCAGUGGAAUCGGAGGACUCGUCUGGAUUCCUCUGAUCUACCUCUGGGGCAGGGCUCCCGUGUUGUUCUGGACCAGUUUCAUCGGCACCUUUCUCACUCUGGCGACCUGCCUCGUCCCCAACUUUGCCGGAUACUACGGUCUCCGAGCGUUGAUGGGGGUUUUCCUCAGCUCCGGCCCCGCGGUCGGUCUGGCUUUCAUCCAAGACGUCUUCUUUCUCCACGAACAGGCAAGGAAGAUCGGCAUCUGGAUCUUCGCCGUGCAGGUCUGCCCUUACUGUUCGCCCAUGUUUGGCUCGUACAUCAUUGCCGCCACGGGGUCGUGGAGAGCCACGUUCUGGGUCGUGUUUGGCCUGGAGGCCCUGGUUCUGCUCUGUCUGGCCCUCUUCCUCGACGAAUCCUUCUAUCGGAGGGACCUGCCGCCGUCUCAGCAACCCCAGCGCGGGACCAGGAUCCUGCGACUUGUCGGCUGGUGGCAGCUCCAAGUCCACCGUCGAUACUUUGCCAGUUUUACGAGCUCGUUCCUCCGCGUGUUUGAGAUCUUGCUCAAACCCAUCAUCAUCCCGUUGUUGGCAUUCUACUUAUUGAGCUGUAUGUGGGCGAUCGGCAUCAACCAGUCGUCGGCCAUCCUCUUCGCCGAACCCGUGUCAGCGGGUGGCUAUGGCAUGAGCCUCAAUUCCACGGGCUACUUGUAUUUUGCGCCGAUUAUUGCCGUGCUGAUCGGCGAGACAUUGGGCCAUUUCAUCAACGACUGGACCACCACUCGCUACGUCCGUCAGCACAACGGGGUCUUCAAGCCCGAAGCUCGUCUGCCGCCGGUCUACCUGACCCUCUUGCUCACCGUCCCGGGCCUCAUCCUCGUCGGACAGGCAUUGGAAAGGCACCUGUCGUGGGUCGCCGUCGCCUUCGGCUGGGCCAUGUACACCGCCGCGGUCAUGAUGUUCUCGGUGCCCCUGUUCGCCUACGCGCUCGACUCUUACCGCAACGCUCCCGGCGAAGUGUCGGCGUGGUUCAACUUUGCACGCAUCAUCGGCGGCUUCUCCGUGGGGUAUUUCCAACAGGGCUGGGGCCUGCGAUCCGGGUUCGACGUCUCGUUUGGGGUGCAGGCCGCCAUCGUCGCGUCCGGGGGGCUGAUCAUUCUGGCGCUCCAGAUCUACGGCGAGAAGCUCCGCGCCAGGGGCGGUGUCUUGCGAGAUUGA